AUGCAUCAGCCUAGGAUUGCAUGUACGCAUGCAUGCAUUGGCCUGAGGAGGUUGUUGCUGUCUAACGCCCCUUGCAGAUUCUCUUGUUGCCGUACAUUGUCUACACAAGAAGGAAGUCAAAGGGCAUUUUUCGAUGUGCAAACAGAAGAGCAGCAGCAGCAACAACGGGAGCAUGAAGCAAUAGGCUUGGAGCUGCAACAAACACAAGAUAGAGAAGGAGAAGUUUCUAAUGGUGCGCCCCGUACACGCUGCGCUGCAAUAGAUGAUGGUGCUACUGCUGGUUUGGAUGCAGCAGCAGCAGCAGCAGCCUUAGCAGCAGCAGCAGCAGCAGCACAAGGCGAUGAUUGGAUAUAUGAAGCGAAGCCAGGAGGUCCGCUCCACUUCGCCGAGCAUCGGCGACUAUUGGCGCUCGCGGAUGCUGCUGCUGCAGCAAGGGAUCCUGCUGCUGCUGCUGGCAGCAGCAGCAGCACAAUAAACGUCAACAUGGAUCAGCAUAGAAAUGUGAGUUUCCCUAUGGUCCGUUACGCUUCUGCUGCUCAGCGGCGGCGGCAGAAGGAGUGCAACCGCGGUCAGCUGCUGCAGCAGCAAUGCAUGCAGGCAGCAGUUACCUUUGGUACUGCUGCUGAGCGAGCUCGGGUGUACAGACACCUCAAUAACAAAGAAGAUAAAAUUUUAUUUCGUCGUGCAGAGUUAAAGGCAUAUCUAUUUUUUCUUUCUUCUCAUCUUCCUUCCGUUGAACUUAGAGAUCUACUUAAAGGCUUUCUUGAGGUGUAUGUACACCAUAUGGAUGAGCAGCAAAUGAUUGAGCUGCUGCAGCUGCUGCAGGCCCCUCAGCACCGCCCUUCGCAACGGCAGCAGCAACAGCAGCAGCAGCAGCAGCAGGAUGGGGAACUCCAGUCAGAGAAUAAUACCUCCACAGCUGCUGCCGGUGGCGAUGCAACUUGCUGGUGGGGCUUUAAGAAGCCAUGCAACAGUCCUAGCAGCAGCAGCAGCAGCAGCAGCCAUAGCAGCAGCAUCACCAGGUGCUGCGGCUGCGAUGGUGGGGAAGGACAGAGCCUUGAGCGUUUGCUGCUGGGACGCAGUGUGUACAGACACUCCACUCCAUACAAAUAUCAACCUGCGGCAGCAACAUUGCAGCAGCACAUGCUGCGGCUGCUGCUGCAGCUCUUUACUUUUCAAGCUUUUUUCAAGUUGUACUCGCAGCAGUAG